AUCCAAUCAGACUUCUCCGAUCCUAGUCACCGCCAAGAUCAGUUUGACAGAAGGACUGCGAAAGGGAUUUAGACCUCCUCUUCCUCCAUCCUCGAUGCCAACAAAAACAGCCGUCGAAGAAGCAGGAUAGAAGAGUGCACCCGGGACUCUUUAGUGUUGCUUCAGAAGAGGUUCCUUACACAGACUGAACCCUACUACCCCGGUCCGCUAGGAUCAUGGCCAAAGAUGCUGGUCUGAUUGAAACAAAUGGAGAGCUAAAGGUUUUCAUUGACCAGAAUCUUAGCCCAAGUAAGGGUGUCCUGUCUCUGGUUGCGGUCCACCCCACCACCAUCCCUGUAGCCAAGCAACUGCUACCCAAAACUCUGGGACCCUCCAAUGUCAACAUUGCGCCGCACAUGCAUGUGAUCGGUACACCUCAGAGGCCCAGUGUGUCCAAUGCCAUCCUGGUAAACAGCCCUCACACGCCCAGCUCCCAGUUCCUCACCCAGAGCCAGCCUCCAGACGCCUCUCCGUGGUCCUCAGGGAAACGAGGGAAGAAGGGGGAGAAGAACGGGAAGGGCUUGAGACAUUUCUCCAUGAAGGUGUGCGAGAAGGUGCAGAAGAAAGGAGUGACCACCUACAAUGAAGUGGCGGACGAGCUGGUGGCGGAGUUCAGCUCUGCAGAUAACCACCUCUCCCCCAACGACUCGCAUGUGUAUGACCAGAAGAACAUCCGCAGGCGUGUGUACGACGCUCUCAACGUGCUCAUGGCCAUGAAUAUCAUCUCCAAGGAGAAGAAGGAGAUCAAGUGGAUCGGCCUGCCCACCAACUCUGCCCAGGAGUGCCAGAACCUUGAGGUGGAGAGACAGAAGCGUCUGGAGAGAAUCAAGCAGAAACAGUCGCAGCUCCAGGAGCUCAUAUUACAGCAAAUAGCCUUCAAGAACCUGGUGCAGCGGAACCGGCAGUCAGAACAGCAGACCAACAGGCCGCCGCCCCCUAACUCAGUCAUCCACCUGCCCUUCAUCAUCGUCAACACCAGCAAGAAGACGGUCAUCGACUGCAGCAUCUCCAACGACAAGUUCGAGUACCUGUUCAACUUCGACAGCAUGUUUGAGAUCCACGACGACAUCGAGGUUCUGAAGCGCAUGGGCAUGGCGUGCGGCCUGGAGGUGGGCAAGUGUUCUCCAGAGGACCUGAAGACCGCCCGUGGUCUGGUGCCCAAGGCCCUGGAGCCCUAUGUCACAGAGAUGGCCCAGGGCCCCAUCAAUAACGUCUACAUCACUGGGGGAACCUCUGCCAACGGGGGGCGCUAUCACAUGGGAAGCGACAGUGGCGCCGACGCGACGCUCGCCUCCAGCUCCAACGACUCCCACUACAGCGGCUCGCGCGUGGAGACGCCCGUCUCCUACAUGGGCGACGAGGACGACGAGGACGACUACGACGAGAACGACGACGAAGACUAGCCCGCCGUCCCGUCCCCCCGCGCCUCGCCUGGCCUCGCGCCUCCGACAAGCACAGUCCUCCCGAACAGCCCCACCUCGUCACUGUGGGAUGUGAAUCUCUCAUGUGCCCUCUUCUCCCUCCAGCGCGCUCUCUCUCUCUCUUUGUCUCUGUCUCUCUCUCUCUCUUUGUCUCUGUCUCUCUCUCUCUCUUUGUCUCUGUCUCUCUCUCUCUCUUUGUCUCUGUCUCUCUCUCUCUCUUUGUCUCUGUCUCUCCCUCUCUCUUUCCCUUUCCUUCCCUUCUAAUCUCUGUUACACUCUUUCGCAGGGGUGUGGUGGUGGGGGGGGGGGGGUGCGUGUGUGUGUGUGUGGAGGUGUUAAGGGUGUCCACCCUGUGUUCUCUAUGGGUCGCAAGUCACGCACAAGGCCCUCUGGGGAAUGUAGUCUGUGGCCUGGGCACCACACUAAAGCUGUGUGAGUGUAGUUCCAGUGUAGUUGUAGUUGCUGGCCACCGCACUACGACGAUAAAGCGAAAUUCCCCUCUUUACAACCCCUGCUGUUGGAGAAUGUAUAGUGCACCUUGUGUGAAAUAGUUACACCUUGUUUUGUUUUUGAAGUUGGGCAGACUCACGAUGAAUCCGAUUUUCCAAAAUGGCUGCCAGUACAGAAUUGCUGCCACAACACGCUUUGCCAGUGUGACUCCAAGAAUAUGGCAACACCGUUGCCAUGGCACCUCAGGAUGGGGGCCCGCUCCUUAAAAUGUGUGGAUAAUGUUGUAUUUUUGUUGAUGUUGAUUUAAACCCUUUUUCUUUUUUUUUUUUACCUCCCCCAAUGUGUGUGUGUGUGUGUGUGUGGGGCUGGCUUUCUUGUGUUUUGUAGGCAGCUGUUCUAAACAUGUCGGCUUGUUUUGUUUUUGUUUAGAAUUUGUUCAUUUGUUGUUGUAGAGGAGAGCUUCUCUAAUCUCGAAACGCCUUGGCCAUCUGAACCUUUUGUAGUGUUUACGUACGACUGGCACCAGCGGGGAACGAAGCCUCCAUCACCCACAAUCCCUAUAGGAACACAAGAUGCUUUGUUUAUGAUGUAUACAGAUCUUACCCUGAUCGUAGCUUAUAGUAUCCUUUAGAGGUCAGUGGCGGAAAGGAAGACCUGAAAAUGAUUGAUGUAUCCAAUGUGGUUGUAUAGGUCUUUAUGUACUCCCUUCAAAGAUCUCCUUUUUAAACCUGAACAACACAUGUACUGACUCUUCCAAAUACUUUUUCUGUAAUCUAAUAUAAGUUUGCAAAUUAAAUAUAGAGAUUGUUUUAAUAAA